AUGGAAAGGCUAAACGGAAUUGUAAAACAGGUUACGUCAGCAGAUACCUAUAUUUUGACAGGAGCCAAGAAAGGUGGUGUUGUUCAGGAAAGACAAGUGAGCUUAGCAUGCAUACAAUGCCCAAGACUGUUUAUGAAAAGUCAAAAUAUAGAGAAGAAUGAAGAACCAUUUGCAUGGGAAAGCAGAGAAUUCAUUCGUAAAAUGAUAAUAGGAAAAAAUGUGAGUUUUGUUGUUGAAUAUAUAUACAAUAACAGAACUUAUUGUAGUGUUUUCUUUGAGGAUCAGAAUUUGUCAAUUUUGUUGCUUCAAAAGGGUUAUGCAAAUCUUGUAUCCAACAAAAAUAUAAAAACUAAUGUGUAUGCAGAUUUGGAAAGUUAUUAUAUUGAAGCUAAAGAGAAAAAAAUUGGAAUUUUUGGAAAUAACAUUAACAGUUAUGUUAGAAAUAUUGUUUAUUCUUAUAAUGAUAAAAAUCAGAAUAAACAAAUUUACAAUAUGUUUCUGAACAGGAGUUUGAAAUGUGUAGUAGAACAUGUAAGAGAUGGAUCCAAUUUUCGUGUCUAUGCUGAAAUUGACACAAAUGAAAAGCGAGAAAUGGGUAGAAGUAAUUCUAUUGGAAAUUCCCCAGCUGUGGAAAGAACUAACGAUGAUAAAGAGAAGAAGAUGAAGAAUAAAAAUAAAAGUACGGGAGAAGAGGGAGGAGUAAAGAAAAAAAAAAAAAAAAAAAAAAAAAAUGGUAAUAAUGAUGAAAAUAAUAGUGAUAAUGAUGAUGAAGAGGAUGGAAAAAAAGGGAAAGAAAAAAUGUACAAAACAAUGUACUAUUUCUCAUUCACAUUGUGUGGAAUCAUAGUAGAUAUGUUCAAAAAAGAAGUAGUGAACAAUGUAGAAAAUGUUAAAGAAGAACCGUAUGCUAUGGAAACGAAGAAAUUUGUUGAAUCGAGAUUAUUAAAUAGAGAUAUAGAAAUAGAAAUAAAACAUAUGGAUAAUAAUUGUAAUCUCUAUGCUAAUGUACAUUACAAACUAGGAAAUAUAUGCACAUUGUUGUUAAAAAAUGGUUAUGCUUAUAUUAAUGAAUAUACUAUAAAAUAUGUUGAAAAUGCAAUUGAAUAUAAAAGAGCGUUAGAUGAAGCUAUACAAUUAAGAAAAAAAAAAUGGAUCAAUUAUACAGAAAAAAAAGUAGAUUAUGAAAAGGAAUAUUUAACAACGGUUAUUGAAGUUUUAUAUGGGGAUGUUAUCAUUGUAGAUUAUCAAAAUGAGGAAAGAAGAUUAUAUUUAGCAUCUAUAAAAUGUGAAAAACAUAGUACCGAUUUGGCAUUAAACACAUUAUGCUUAUCUGCCAAGGAUUUUCUGAAGACACAAAUUGUUGGAGAAGUUGUUAAAAUUGUUACAGAAUACGUAAGAACUCCACAAAGCAAUAGUGAGGGUUACAUACCUCCAUGUUCUGAUGACAAGGGGAGAAUGCAUUUUGUGAGUGUUUACAAAAUGGUGAAUAAAAAGAAAGAAAACAUGAAAGGUGUUAAUGGUACAAGUGGUGCACUUCCCAGCAGCAAAUGGAGUAAAGCAAACGAGGAGGAGGAGGAGAAGAAGAAAAAAAAAAAAAAAAAAAAAGGCACCACCAAGGAGUCCAAUGAAGAGGAAGCAAACAAGGACGAGGAGAGUGAGAAGUUUGAGAAGGUUGAGAAGAACGUGAAAAAUGCAAAAAGUGAGAAGAUUGCGAAAAGUGAGAAGACUACAAAAAGUGAGAAGACUGUAAAAAAUGAGAAAACUGCAAAAAAUAAGAAGACUGCAAAAAGUGAGAAGAACGUGAAAGGAAAUGCAGAAGUGCAUAUGCCCUCAGAUGAGGGAUACACAAGCAUCAAUAUGAAUGAACAACUUGUUGCCAAAGGAUUAGCAAAAGUGAUGAACCAUAGACAAGAAGAUGAAAAGGCAAGUAACUAUUUCAGAUUACAAGAAUUAGAAAAAGAAGCAGAAGAAAAAAAACUAGGAAGAUUUAAUCCACACAUAGAUAUUAUAAAAAUUAACAACAUCAGUGGAAGUGAAAAUUCAUUGAGAGCCAGAUCAUUUGAAAAUGUAUUGAACAAGUAUAAUAAUUUAAAUGCAAGUGUAGAUUAUAUAUAUGGUGCAAAUAAAUUUAAGCUUUACAUUCCUUCGCAGAAUUUGUUAAUAAACUUCAUUCUACUUGGUAUAACAGUGCAAAAAAUAAAUUUAAAAGAAAUUAAUACUGUCAGUAGUGUGAACAACAACCAUGGUUCUUCAGCAAUGCAAAACAAGAAAACAAUUGAUGAAUAUGAUGGAGAAGAUGUAAACAUAUUGAAUGGAAAUGUUAGGUCUAAUAGAAAAGAAAAGAUAGAAUUGAAAGAAUUAGCAAUACAAGCUUAUAAAUAUACAAGAAAAAUGCUUAUGCAGAGAAAUGUACAGAUAUCCAUAAUUACAUGUGAUAAGGGAGGUAACUUCAUAGGAAUUUUACGACAUCAAAAUAAGGAUUUUUCUAUACAUUUACUUUCAUUAGGUUUUGGAACAUUAAAUGAGAUAGGAUUAAAUAAUACAAAUGAAAGAAAUAAUUAUGUUAAAGCAGUUGAAGAAGCUAAAAAAGAGAAAAGAAAUAUAUGGUCCAUUGAAAGAAUGAUAGAAAAUGAUGAUUAUGACGAGGAAGAGGAGGAGAGGAAGAAUGGAGUUUCUUCAAGUAAUGCUAUGCUGAAUGGUCAUAAAAACCUUUCUCAAUUUGACAACAUUUACUAUUGUUCCUAUGUAGAAGAUAUUAAUAAUAUUUCAAUUCAAUUAAAAAGUAAACAAGAUCAACUAAAGAAAUUACAAGAUGAAUUAAAUAAGCCUGCAAACUUAGAAACAUCAUCACAAUAUAUGCUUUCAGAAGUUAAAAAAAAUACAUUAGUCAUUGCCAAAUAUAUUGAUAAAUGUUACUACAGGGCUGUGAUAUUACAAGUUAAUAAAAAUAAAAAAAAAGCUCUUGUUAAAUAUAUUGACUUUGGAAAUGAGGAUGAGUUAAAUUUUGAUGAUAUUAAAAAGUUAAGUGAUGCUAGUUUGAACUUAAAAAAUUAUCCACCAUUUAGCAUAAGAGUAUCUUUGGCAGGAGUUAAAAUUCCAAAUGAAAAUAAAACAGAUUUAAUUAUAUAUAUUAAAAAGUUCCUUCUUGAUAAAUUUUUAUAUGUCAAAUUUGAAAAAAAGGAAAAAAAUAGUCCAUUUUAUUAUGUCGUUUUUUAUGAUUAUGAACGCUUUACAACAAAUAAAAAUGUAAAAAGUGUAAAUGAAGAUAUGGUUGCUAGUGGAAUUUGCUACGUCGAUAACCGAAGUGACACCAAGAUCUUUGAGAAGUUGAAGAAGGAAGAGAUUGUUGCUAAAAAGGAAAAACUCAUCAUUUGGGCUUAUGGAGACAUUGACUAUGAUGAAGAUAAUUGA